UGUCAAAUAAAGGUCACCUUGAUAAGUUCACCUUCUCACGUACUUUAUUUUAUAAGCGGUUUUAAAUUUUUUGUGGUAAUACUUUGUAAUAAGAACUAAAAAUGGAUAUAGCAUCAACACAAAAAUUUAUUGAAAGAGGUGCCCAUAAGGGCAAGGGCCUCGCUGUUUUUACCAGUGGUGGUGACUCUCAGGGCAUGAAUGCCGCAGUACGUUCGGUAGUACGAAUGGGUAUUUAUUUAGGUUGUAAAGUUUAUUUUAUCCGCGAGGGCUAUCAAGGAAUGGUAGAUGGUGGUGAUAACAUUGAAGAAGCCAACUGGUCAUCUGUUAGCUCUAUUAUUCAUAAAGGUGGCACUAUAAUUGGAUCUGCACGCUGCAUGGACUUCAUCAAAAGAGAAGGCCGCCUGAAAGCUGCUUUUAAUUUAGUGACACGUGGUAUAACCAAUUUGGUUGUCAUUGGUGGUGAUGGGUCCCUCACGGGAGCAAAUCUUUUCCGUCAGGAGUGGUCUAGUUUACUGGAUGAGUUACUAGCAAACAACAAAAUUACUAAAGAUCAAAGAGAGAAAUAUAAAUACUUACACAUUGCUGGCAUGGUAGGUUCUAUAGAUAAUGAUUUCUGUGGUACAGAUAUGACAAUAGGAACCGAUUCUGCAUUGCAUCGUAUUAUUGAAGCUAUUGAUGCCAUUGUGAGCACUGCAUACUCACAUCAAAGAACAUUUAUUAUGGAAGUUAUGGGAAGACAUUGCGGUUAUCUGGCAUUAGUGGCUGCUCUGGCUUGCGAGGCAGACCAAGUAUUUAUCCCUGAGGACCCUGUUCCCAAUAAUUGGGUUGAAAAACUUUGCAAAAGAUUACAGCAGGAAAGAAAAUCGGGACAGCGUCUUAAUAUUAUAAUAGUUGCGGAAGGUGCAAUUGAUCGUGAAGGAAAACCGAUCACAGCCGAGCUUGUGAAGAAAGUUGUCGUGGAAAAUCUUCAACAAGACACACGUAUCACCGUACUGGGUCAUGUACAGCGUGGUGGUUCACCAUCUGCCUUUGACAGAAUUUUGGGUUGUCGUAUGGGAGCUGAAGCUGUUAUGGCAUUGAUGGAAGCCACUCCUGAAACAGAGUCUUGUGUUGUUACUUUGGAUGGUAAUCAAGCUGUACGUCUACCUCUUAUGGAAUGUGUACGUCGAACUAAAGCCGUUUCUCAGGCAAUGGCAGAUAAGAAUUGGGAUUUAGCGGUGCAAUUGCGCGGGCGCAGUUUUGCACGCAACUUGGAAACAUACAAGAUGCUAACGCGUUUGAAACCUCCUAAGGGAGCGUUUGAUGAAUCUGGUAAACCAUCCGAAGGUUACACUUUAGCCGUGAUGCACGUUGGCGCGCCGGCGUGUGGUAUGAACGCGGCCGUGCGCUCCUUUGUCCGGAACUGCAUAUAUCGCGGUGACACCGUCCUGGGUAUACAUGAUGGUAUCGAAGGAUUCAUCAGUGGAAACAUCGUGAAAAUGGAUUGGUCAGACGUAACCGGUUGGGUGGCUCAAGGAGGCGCCUUCUUAGGCACUAAGCGCACUCUACCCGGUGACAAAAAGGGGGAGAUCGCUGCUCGAAUCAAACAAUUUAAUAUUCAAGGUCUUCUUAUCAUCGGUGGUUUCGAGGCGUAUCAAGCGGGUGUAGAGUUGUAUGAAUCGCGGUCGCAGUUCCCAGAGUUCUGUAUCCCGUUGGUAGUGAUACCUUCCACUAUCAGCAACAACGUACCCGGCACCGACUUCUCUCUCGGUGCCGACACCGCUCUUAAUGAAAUCACAGAGAUUUGCGAUCGUAUCCGUCAAUCUGCUCAAGGAACCAAACGUCGUGUCUUCGUGAUCGAGACUAUGGGAGGCUAUUGCGGGUACUUAGCGACUUUGGCUGGUUUGGCUGGCGGCGCAGACGCAGCCUAUAUCUAUGAAGAGAAGUUCUCUAUCAAGGACUUGCAACAAGACGUGUACCACAUGGCGUCCAAAAUGACCGGCGGUAUCCAGCGCGGCCUCAUCCUCCGCAAUGAGAAGGCAAACGACAACUACAACACUGAGUUCAUUUACCGCUUGUAUUCUGAAGAGGGCAAAGGCCUAUUUACUGCCAGGAUGAAUGUUCUUGGUCACAUGCAACAGGGAGGUUCCCCAACGCCGUUCGAUCGUAACAUGGGAACAAAGAUGGCCGCCAAGUGCUUGCACUGGCUAGUAGAGAACAUUCAGAAGGGGCCCACCAACACGGCUGAUUCCGCUUGUUUGCUCGGAGUUGUUAAGCGACAAUAUAAAUUCACACCCCUUGAAGAUCUGAAAGCCCAAACUAAUUUCGCACAGAGAAUACCAAAGCAACAGUGGUGGAUGAAACUUCGUCCUUUACUCCGUAUAUUGGCGAAGCACGACUCUACUUACGAAGAGGAAGGAAUGUACAUGACUGUUGAACAAGGAGAAAUCGACUCCGAAAAUGUCAUAUAACUUUUAUUCACCCUUUAAAGAGAUCUCCAACAGAUAUUAUAUAAAUUUUUGAAUUAAUAUUGCCAUAUAUCUCGAAAUUGCUAACAUACCCAUUUGGUAGGAAAAUAUAUUAUUAGCUAGUGAUG